AUUAUCUAUGCUUUGAUAUUAACUUGUUGUUUUCACUUCUAUCAGAAUGGUUUUGGAAGAAGAGGCUUUACCUACUGGGUGGGAAAUGCGUCUUACAGAAGAUGGUCGGCAAUAUUUUGUGGACCAUAAUACCCGACAAACAACUUUCCAAGAUCCCCGCCCUGGAGCCAAGCAAAUCAAUGCCAGCAGGGGUCAGUAUGGGAUUCCAAUGGUUUAUGAAAGAUCGUUCAGGUGGAAGCUAGGACAGUUUCGCUAUUUAUGUCACAGCAAUGCUGUAACGGGUCAUAUCAAGAUAAGCGUAACGCGGCAGACACUGUUUGAAGACUCAUUCCACCAGGUGAUGCGACUUCCAGCUUAUGAACUCAGGAGACGACUCUUUAUUAUCUUCAGAGGAGAAGAUGGAUUGGAUUAUGGUGGAGUAGCAAGAGAGUGGUUCUUCCAGUUGUCUCAUGAAGUCCUCAACCCCAUGUACUGCUUAUUUGAAUAUGCUAACAAGAACAACUACUCACUGCAGAUCAACCCUGCCUCGGAAGUCAAUCCUGAUCAUUUAACAUACUUCAAGUUUAUUGGUCGCUUUAUUGCAAUGGCUCUGUACCAUGGGAAAUUCAUCUAUUCUGGCUUUACCAUGCCAUUCUACAAACGCAUGCUUAACAAAAAACUUACCAUUAAGGAUCUUGAAUCUAUUGAUCCAGAAUUUUACAACUCUCUCUGCUGGAUUAGAGAUAACAAAUAG